GUUUCAAAUGCCUUAGUUGACUUUUAUGGGAAAUGUGGAUGCACGGAUGACGCCUACAGAGCUUUCAAGGGGAUUUCUGAGCCAGAUAUUGUAUCAUGGAACGGAUUGAUAUCUGGAUUGGCAUCAACUGGGCACAUCUCCUCUGCUCUCUCCACCUUCGAUGACAUGAGGCUGGCAGGAUUUAAACCUGAUUACAUUACAUUCCUGUUAGUGCUUUUUGCUUGCAGCCAUGGUGGUUUGGUUGAAUUAGGUCUUGAGCAUUUUCAGUCAAUGAGAGAAAAGCAUGAGAUAGCUCCACAACUGGAUCACUAUGCCUGUUUAGUUGAUCUCCUUGGCCGAGCGGGUCGACUAGAGGAUGCCAUGGAAGUGAUCAUGACAAUGCCUUUUAAACCAGAUGCCUUAAUCUAUAAGACAUUAUUGGGUGCUUGCAAGUCACAUAGAAACAUUGCUCUGGGGGAAUAUGUCGCAAGGCAAGGUACUGAACUAGACCCGUCUGAUCCAGCUUUUUAUGUGCUGCUUGCAAAUUUGUAUGAAGAAUCUGGUCAGCCUGAUUUAGCCAAGAGCACCCGAAGGGUGAUGAGAGAGAGGGGAUUGAAGAAGAAUCCUGGGCAGUGCUGGAUGGAGAUAAGAAACAAGGUUCACCUAUUCAAUGCAGGAGAUAGAUCACAUCCACAGAUAAAUGAAAUCCAUGAAAAAGUAGAAUCGCUUAUAACGGAGUUGAAGAACCGAGGAAACUUGUAUCAGGACUAUGAAGAUUCAUCUUAUCAUAGUGAGAAGCUAGCUGUUGCAUUUGGUCUUCUCAGAACGCCGCGAAACGCUUCCAUACGCAUAUCGAAGAACAUGCUUAUAUGCAGCGAAUGCCAUAACUUUAUAAUGCUUGUAACUCAAUUUGUUGAUAGGGAGAUCAUUGUGAGGGACGGGAACCGAUUGCAUGUCUUCAAGAAGGGUGAGUGCUCGUGCAUGGUUGCAGCUAGUUUACAACAGGACGAAAUAUUUCAUAACUCUGUAUGCCAUAGUUGAUGUUCUAUAAUGACAUUCGAAAAUAACGAGGAUUCUGCGGA